AGGAUGGCGACGACGACGACGACGAAGAAGGAGGGGAGCGCAGUUCGUCGCGGAGAACGUGACCAUGAAGCGCACCGCUGGCUUUUUUUUUUCGACUGUUCCAGUGCACGGCUAAUAAUGCCGCUGGCCGGCUCUGGGUCAGCCACAGCGAUUCUACGGCUUCGAAUUCGAAUCCAUGGGUACACUACCGCCGCCAACAGCAGUUCUUUCCUUUUUCUCGUCUUUGACAACUACCUAGUGUACGAUGUUCUAAUCAUCCCGAGAUUGCCCGUCGCCCACUUGCUCUCCCAGCACCCGUCCAGCACCAAGAACGAGCUACUGGCUACAGUAGGCUCAAGCGUCAAAGCAAAGCCUCCGAUCGCCAUAAGACCUUAUCCCUCGUCCUAGCUACAUGUACUACUGUGCUAAUGAUGGGUCGUUGAACAUAAUUUUAUCGGAAAGUGCGCCGGCGGCAAUGCAGGCCAGGUGCAGUGUGAUGAGGUGCAUGUUGUCUGUGUAUGGGAAUGUAAAAGUGGAAUAUUCGUCCUCAUCCUAUUGCAGCAUCAACGAGGCCUCUCUGUGUUCACAGUACGAUGGCGUAUCAUCCACGCCAGAAGUUAAUGCGAUGCUGUGGCUAACGAGCUUGGGUGCAUCGUGCGCGGACAGACAUGGUGGCCGGUUGAGGAGAGCUCAGAGCAUCCAGAACGAGACAUUUGUUUGUGGAGUUGCAUCGGACGCCACUUGUGACCACGGGGCCGUACUGUAUCCCAUCGAAAAUUGCGACCGUUUUGAGAAGGAUGGAGAAGGAGGACGGGAACAAGACCGUCGUAUCUUCGAGUCAAGUCAACACUCUUCUCUCGUACCGCACGCUUGUCGACAUCGCGAUGCUCGGACUCGGGCUCCAGGUUCUCUUUCGGGGGGGGGGGGCUUGGUCAGGUGCUACAAAACGGAAACCUCCACAUCGAUCAGGUGUCAAAGGAGGCAAUCUGCAUCCGGGCGGAACUCUGUUUCCCCGGCCCCUGUUCCUUGACCGAGCCAUUGCACGACGAGCCAGCUCCAUACAGUUAGCAUCUACAUAGUAGACAUGGGGGUUACUGACUCUGU